AUGCGUCAUUGCCGUGCAAAAAUUUCUUUUGUAGUGUUUGUUUUCUUUUUGGUUUUUGAGGUUUGGAAUUCUUCAUUUGCCUCACCUCUAGCAAGUCAACUUUUACCCAAUUUAACCCCUCAACAUUUGUUGGAAGCAAAGAAAUUUAAUGAACAAAAAAACAAAAUUUCUGCUUCUUCCCAAUCCAUUUUAUACCAUCCUGCCAUGCCUCCUUCUUCUACACUUUCGAAAACAUUGAGUAAUCCUACAGCAAUAAUUGUGGCUCCCCCAAAACCAAUUACUAUUGAAAAAGAAAAUGAAACAAUCAAAAAAGAGAUUGAAACUUUAAAAAUUAUGGAAAAAGAGAAUGGUUAUCUUCCAUUGGGGGAUUUACUUGGAGAUUUUCAAUCAUAUCAUAUGGAUAAUUUGCCACAAAUUAAAGUUUAUGUUGAAGGAAGUAAUCAACAAUUUGUUAUUCGAAAAGUAGAAAAAAGUUAUGACAUAUCUGCUCUUUACUACUUACUUUCCUACUACUUACCUAAAGAAAAAAGUGAAAAUGGAAAUUUAACAAAAGAAGAUGUUAUUCAAAUUAUUUGGGAUUUAAAAUAUGGGAAAAUUAAUGCUUUGGUUGCUGUACAGACAAAUGGUAAUAAUUAUGAAUAUGGAAUUGAAGGCUAUAUUUUAUAUAAUUAUGCGGCUUCAAGUACACGCGGAAAGGUUUGUUAA